AUGAGUAUCCCUUUGCUGGUACCCCAAUGGCCGGCCACUCUAGUAGAGCCAUCGAACGAAGAGGUCUCCGCCAUUCAAGAGGAAGAAACAUGGAUGACUCCCUUAGUCCGGUAUCUGGAGGAUGACAUACUCCCAGAAGACCGCAAUGAGAGCAGGAAAAUUAAGAAGAAAGCCGCUAGAUACUGCCUCUCUCAGGGAAAGCUAUAUCGCAGGUCAUUCUCUGGCCCAUACCUGAGAUGCCUCACACCCCGUGAAGCAGCUAGGAUCCUGGUGGAACUACACGAGGGAGAUUAUGGGUCUCACUCCAGCGGAAGAAGCCUAGUGUUGAGAGCUAAAAGAAUGGGGUACUACUGUCCCACGAUGGCCGAGGAUGCUAAUCAAAAGGCUAAACUCUGCGACAAAUGCCAAAGACAUGCUCCAGUUUCUAAACUACCUCCAGAGUAUCUCAAGUCCAUAAGCUCACCCUGGCCUUUCAGGAAAUGGGGCAUGGACAUAGUGGGGAAGUUUCCCAUGGAGCCGGGGCAGAAGGUCUUCCUCCUAAUUGUAACCGACUAUUUCUCGAAAUGGGCAAAGCAGAAGCACUCAGCAAGAUAA